GUUGACAACGUGCAGACAUUCGAAGGACUCGGGAACAGGGGAGAGAGGACUGAUGACUAGCCAGCGGCAUCGUGUAUCGCGGACUCUCAAGGUUCAAGAUGGCGGCCGUGUGUGGUCGAUGUGCGAGGAAACUUCAACAUCUUCGUACACCUUGGCAUCGAUCACUAAGAACUCUGUGCACUGCAUCUUCUACGUCAUCAUCUGAGGAAGUUGAUGAUGAAAUUUCAGGGAAUGUUCAAUCAUUAUUCACUUCUACAACUAAAAGAGAUCCUAUGGCUGUAUUGAGAGCCUUGGCAUCAACAGUGCAGCCUAAUCCUGCCUUGCCAAGUCCUGAAUUUUUUGAAGAUGCCUUCUUGCUGCCGAAAGCAAAAUUCAAACAGGCAGAAUGUUUACUGGCCAAGAAAUCAGGAGUAGAAGCUGCUAAGUAUGUGAUUUCAAAGUGUCCAGAGAUUUUUCCACUCAGGAAACCAAACCCUAUGUGGGAAAUAGAGGAUGUUGCUACUGACAUUGCAGAUGUUCAAAGUGAAGAGCAAUUGAAAGGUUUUAUUAAGACACGAAAUGCCAAGAAUGCUGUACAGGCCUAUGAAAGACUCAAAGAACAAGGAGUGGAAGUCUCACUGGAAACACAAAAUGAGUUACUUGAUCUUGCUGCUCAACAUCUCGGAAAUGUAUCUGUAGAAGAGGCUUUGGAGCCUGUUGAGACAGGAUCAAGUUUCUUAACUAUUGAGACAAAAGAAGAAAAAGCAGACACUGAUGAUGGAGACUCCAAUUCAGAUUCAGACUCAGUAGAUGAAGGGUUUGAUGAUGAAGCAAGAAAUGAAGACAAUGAUUAUAAUCCUGUGAGAAAUCAGUGGAAAAAAGGCAACUAUGCUGAGCAAAUGUUUGAAAGCAUGACAACCAAAGAUGGCAGCACAUAUGAGGCCAUGGUUCUUGGAUUAGUAAAGCAUAACAGUGGUUCUGAAGCAUAUGAGUUGUUCAAGGAAAUGAGAGCAACUGGACACCAAGUUUCUGUAAUGACAUACUACUUGAUGUUCAUGGGGAUUGCAAAAUGUGAUGAUGUGGAAAACAAAUGGGAAAAAGCACUGAAUUUGGUCAAACUCAUGGGGGAAGAACCUAUUGUCCUUCCUAAUCUGAAAACAUUCAAUUCCCUUCUAAGGAUAGCGGCAGUGAGCUCUGAUGGAGACAAAUCUAGUACACAGCUUGCCCUUGGUCUGAUAAGAGAGAUGCUAGCUAUGGGAAUAGAGCCAUCACUGGAGUCCUUUAAUCAGGUACUACGAGCGGAAUAUCUCCCAGUUUGGGAAGAAAGGAGGAGAGCUAAAUCACUGCCAGAACAAAAUGCGAAGGCAAUUGGCGAUCCUUCAGUUCUUGAUAUGGUCAUCACACAUCUGGAAUCAUUUCCCAAGCUGCCACCUAUGUCUGACCCACGUGAUACCGCCUUCUUUCACUCAGCCAUGAGUGCGGCCUUUGUUUGUGUGGACGCAAACGUAGCGAUACGCAUAUACAACUUGUUAAAGAAACAGAACAACGCAGCUUUUCUUGGAAAAAAACAUUCUCCUUUUUACUCAGCAUUUCUUAUGACCCUGGCGGGGGCUGAGUUCCAUCUCCCUUUCUUGUUUGACUAUUACAAAGAAAUUGUGCCGGAGAAACUUAGACCCAGAGACCAUGUUUACUCUUCAUUGUUCAAUCUGGCCAGUCGAACCAAAACUCCAGGAUUAGUUCCAAAACUCUAUGACGAUAUGCGCAUGAAUCAAGUAACAUUAACAAGGAAUGUAGCCACAGCUCUUUUCAGAGCCCUUAGUGUAACUGAGAAACCUGAGGACCUCAAGGUUCACCUGGAUAUCAUGGUUGACGUCUUGUACUGGAUGAAACUCUUCAACUUGCAACCUUCACCUUUUGUGAUCACUCGUGCCAUUACCAUGUACUGUUUAAACGGCAAACUGCUGGAAGCCUGGAGAAUGUUGGAUAUGUUCGAGAAAAACAGAUAUGUACCAAGCUAUUCUGCUCUCCUUAGCUUAAUGACGCUUGCAGCGGAACAAUUGGACCAGUUCAAAGUAGUGUUCUAUUGGUUUCUCCACAGAGGUGUUUUGAAAUGCUCAGCGAGUUUGGAUAUAGCUUCAGCGUACACAGGCGAAGACACUUUUACCAGAAAGCCAACAUUCCUCGAUCAGAAGCGUAGGUGCUAUUUUAUCAUGGUAUCAAACUCAUAACAACCGAGCGGUCAAUACCAACCGAAAGGACCAACUGGAUAGGCAGGAAAAAGAACACUACCUAACUGGAAUUACAUCAUUCACAAUUGAUAAAACUGUCUUGUCUAAUGCCUUUAGUUGUUGAGGAUAAAAUAACAAUGUUUUGUGUAAAAAACGUUUGACCUCUUAGAACGGUCAGUUGUCAACGAACUAUGCAAACAAGCAAGUGUAAAAGUAGUUUUGCUAUUUGAUAUGCUAUUCUUUGCGAAACACAUCAUUGAAAUAACAGAACAAAAUAUAUGUAUGUAUGCAUGUAUGUAAAUGUAUGUAUGUAUGUAUGAAUCCUACUCUUGCUUAUCAGGAAAGGUUUAGACGAACUUUUC